AUGUCUGACCAAGCCUUGAUCUUUAUUGCAGUGCUCAGUUCUCUGCUUCAUGGACGUGGUGAAGAAAACAAGGCAACUCUGGCUGCAGACAUAACAACCAUUCCACCAGGGGGCAGUGUGACAUUAACCUGUUCUGCAGACAAACCUGCUGGUUUAACAUUUGAGCUCUUCAGAGGACGUCCACCCAACUAUCAGACCAGAGUUUCUCCUCGAUCAGAUGGAGUUUUCAACAUCACAGAAGGAGGAAUCUACACCUGCAGAGGAUAUAGACCUGGGGGAAACGUUGAGACAACUAUGAGUGAUGACGUUAUUAUACAGAACACUGAAAUAAAGGCAACUUUGACUGCAGACAUAACAACCAUACCACCAGGGGGCAGUGUGACAUUAACCUGUUCUUUGGACAAACCUGCUGGUUUAACAUUUGAGCUCUUCAAAGGACGUCCACCCAACCAUCCGACCAGAGUUUCUGCUCAAUCACAUGGAGUUUUCAGCAUCACAGAAGGAGAAAUCUACACCUGCAGAGGAGUUAUUACAGGGACAAUGUUCAUAACAUCUGAGAGUGAUGAAGUCACCAUUUCUAAUACAGUUUCCAACAGAGUUUUGGUUUCACAACCAAACUGGACUCCAAUAUACAAAGGAGAGAGAAUCACUCUGAGAUGUGAGAUCCAGGAUGGAGGAACUGAGUGGACGUAUGAAUGGAAAAAAAACAACACAAACUCUCAAUCAUCUAGUGAACACAUGAUCAUCACAGUUACUGAGGCUGACAGUGGAGAAUACAGCUGCAUGGGUAGAAGAGGCUACGAGUUAACAGGAUGGAGUGAAGCCAUAAAACUGACAGUAUCAUCUCACAAACCCAGAGCCACACUGAAGGCAAAGGAAACAAUCAUACCAGCAGGGGGCAGUGUUACUCUGAACUGCUCUGUUGAAAGAUCUACUGGCUGGGAAUUCUUCUGGCACAAAUAUGGGCCACAUUAUCCUGCAGAUGAAUCCUUCAGAAACACAGAACCAGAUGGAACCUUCAGUGUCUCAGAGGGAGGAAAGUACAGAUGCUUAGGAGGAAGACGUGGAAGAGGAGACCCAAUUUUCACAUCAGAAACCAGUGAAGAGGUCAAAAUUCAGAAAACUGUUUCUAAGCCGACUGUGAUCCAGCGACCCAACUGGUCUCUGAAAGAAGAUAAAGUCAGUCUGGAGUGUUUUAUCCAGGAAGAAGCUCAGUGGACGUAUGAAUGGAGGAAAAACAAGCUAAAUUAUAAUUCAACAUCCAAGAUCAUCACAGCUGACAGUGGAAAUUACAGCUGCAGAGGAACAAGUGACUAUCUCUUAGCACAUUGGAGUGAUGUCAUCACAUUAACAAGCUAUCCCAAUAAACCCAGUUUGAUUCUACAACCCAACUGGUCUCAGAUCUAUAGAGGAGAGAAAAUCACUCUGAGAUGUGAGAUCCAGGGAGGAACUCAGUGGACGUAUGAAUGGAGACCAACCAAUAGAAACUCUCCAACAUCCAGUGAAUACAGGAUCAACUCAGCUACUAAUGCUGACAGUGGAGAAUACAGCUGUAGAGGAAACAGAGGAAGGUUUUCCUCUACACCAUGGAGUAAUGUUGUUAAAAUAACUGUGUCGUCUCCCCCUCAGCCUGUCCUCUCUGUGUCUCCAUCAUGGCUGAAUCCUGGAGCCUCAGUGACUCUGAGCUGUGAGGGUUUGGAGCAUCAACCAGCAGGAUGGAGGUUCUUCUGGUAUAAAGCUGUUCCUGAUCCAUCCAAGUGGAACCAGAAACCGUUCUACAGCUAUGAGCUGCUUCCUGGCAGCACCAACGGGACUGAGCAGAACUUCAUCAUUAAUGGACCGACUCACACAGCAGGAUUUGUGUGCAGAGCAGGAAGAGAACAACUGAUUUACACUGAUUACAGUGAACCAAAGUUUAUCUGGUCUGCAGAUCCUCAUCCAGCAGCUUCUCUCUCAGUGAAUCCUGACAGAGUUCAACACUUCAGAUCUGAAUCUGUAUCUCUGAACUGUGAGGGAAAAACUGCUGAGUGGAGAGUGAGGAGGUUUAUAGGAAGAGGAGAACUAUCAUUCAUGACCUGCUCCAUCUGGGGGAAAAUGACUGGAUCUACAUGUACCAUUAAAAUAUACUCGUCUGAUAGUGGAAUGUACUGGUGUGAGUCAAAAUCUGGAGAGUUUAGCAAUGCUGUCAACAUCAGUGUACAGGAUGAUUAUUAUGAUGGUAUUAUCCUGCUGAGUCCUGUUCAUCCAGUGACUGAGGGAGAUCCUGUUACUCUGAGAUGCAGAAAUAAAGAUCAACAUCUUCUCUCCAAUGUGUUUUUCUAUCAUAAUGAUAAACUCAUCCAUAAUGACAGUAGAGAGGAGCUGAAUAUCUCUGCAGUGUCAAAGUCAGAUGAAGGUUUCUACAAAUGUCAACAUUCAGGAAAAGAUUCACCAAGGAGCUGGAUGUCUGUUAGAGUAACUUUUACCACUUCAGUCAGCUCUUCAUUUCCUGAAAUGUUGAUCGUUGGACCAGUUGUUGGAAUCGUUCUCAUUAUUUUCAUUAUUCUCCUGGUCUUGUUGUGGUGCUGCAGACGAUCCAGAGGUCUGCGCUGCAUCAGGUCAAAGGGUUCACAGACCAGAGGCCAGAGUUCCACCACAAACCAGCCUGAAAGUCAUGAAUAUAGAUCUCUCUCUCAUGAGAAUGCUCAUCUCUACGACACAAUAGGCUCGGCUGAAGCUGCUGGAAAUGCAGCAGAUGAACACCCAGAAGUUACAUACUCUCUUAUUGAAAUGAAAUCCUUUGGGAAAGAGAGGAGACAAGGUGGACCAGAAGAGGGCGCUGUUUACUCUGAGGUGAAAACAGGAGCUGCAGACUCCACUCCAAUGUAUGCUGAGAUUGAUCCAAAAAAGAAAGCCAAGGAGAAAAAGGGAAAUCUGGGUCCUGCAGCAGCAGAGGCAGUAGUUUAUUCUGAAAUCAGAUCAGCUCCAGGUCUGAGGAACAACGCUGCCAUGUAGGCUGGAGGCUCUGAUGGUUUAUUCUCAUAUUUAGUCAAUGAGUCAAAAUAACUUCUUUGAUCACUCAGCAUUUUUAUCUCUGUCACACAAAGUCAGUGAGAGAAGCUGUAUUAAAUGUUCUGGCAUCCAUUUAAGCCAUAAAAUAAAAAUAUUUCAGAGUUUGUACAGUCUCUUAUAUCAAUAUCUACCAGUGAACUUCUGUUUAUAAUGAGCGCUCUGCUGCAGUUUCUUUUAAUUGUUUCAAAAUAACUUUCAUUGAAUUGUUUGACAUGCAGUAAUGUUUUUAAAACUUAUCUACUUUCUGUUAAUUUUCCAGUAAUGACUUCAGUAAUAUGCUCCAUUUUUCAGAAUAGAUGUGUGUGGUGCAUUUUAUUUAAAUUGAAGUCAAUGAAAUGAUGAAAAUUUAUGGUAAUAUUUGCCUUACUUACAGUUUAAGGAAUGGCUAAAUAAUCAGGGUUUGUUGUUGUUUUAGUUGUUUAAUCAGUCAUGUUUUUUGGCAUCAUAACCACAAACUAUGACUUAUGUAAGAUUUAAUUAUCCUUUAGACUCAUCAUUAUACUGCAU